AUGUCGAUGCUGGCGCUGGUGCGUAAACAGCUGAAGAGCCAUCCUGCGCUCAUACCUCUCUUCAUCUUCAUCGGUGGAGGAGCGGCUAUGAGCAUGUUGUACUUGGGCCGGUUGGCUUUGAAGAACCCCGAUGUCUCCUGGGACCGCAAGAACAACCCUGAGCCAUGGAACAAAAUGACACCCGAUCAUCAGUACAAGCUCUUCACUGUCAACAUGGACUACUCAAAGCUCGAGAAGAACAGACCAGACUUUUAA